AUGAAGAUCUUCGUGCCAUCGCUACUAGCUCUUGCCAGCUUCAUGACAAUGAGUGCAGCCAAGCCGAUCAUGUGCAGUGGCCCAAACGCUCGGAUCGAGCCGCCGGUUGGUGCCAUCGUUGUGGAUCCUACGGGUGAUCCUAGAUACCAAGGCAGCUGCCGGACCAUGAACGAGGCUGUUGCAAGACUGGACCUCACUUCAGACAAGCUGCAAAUGAUCUUUAUCCACCCAGGAUUGUACAAGGAACAAGUGGUCAUUCCGCCUCUCUGUGGUGCUCUCGUGCUCCAAGGUGCCACGUGCGACGCGACGUCGUAUAAUGAGAACCAGGUGACAUUUACUCACGCAAUGUCGCAGAAGGACGUGCCUCCCGAAGUGAAGCAGGACCGCAAUGCACUGACGAGUACGGUGUUAUUCAAGGCGGACAACGUGAAGGUGUACAACCUCAACAUCGCCAAUACGGCGGGCAACGUGGGACAAGCGGUCGCUGCUGCCGUUAGUGGCACCAACUACGGCUUCUACGGCUGCAUGUUCACUGGGUAUCAAGACACUUUGUUGACCAAGAAGGGACUUAUCAUGUUUGCUAACUCCUACAUCAGUGGCGCCGUUGACUUCAUUUUCGGUACCAAGGCUGUGGCUUGGUUUGAGCACUGUGAUAUCGACAGUAUCGAUGCGGGAUAUAUCACUGCCAACGGUCGUUCCAGUGAAGACAUGGACUCGUACUACGUCUUCAACCGUGCGAACGUGUACAGCUCCAACAGCAGUCUCAUCGGCAAGACCUUUCUUGGUCGUCCGUGGCGGCUCUUCUCUCGCGUCGUGUUUCAGAACAGCUGGCUCGGCCAGGUGGUCAAUGCCACGGGUUGGGCAAAGUGGCAAGAAAACAGCACGGACAACGUGUACUUUGGAGAGUUUAACAACUCUGGCCCAGGGGCAGCGACGGGUGCUCGAGUGAACUUCAGUCGGCAGCUGACGGCAGCUGUGGACAUCAAGCAACUCCUUGGUGACAACUAUGCGACCCAAUGGUGGGUGCCUACAGGGGUGAUGCGCAGAUGGUUGGGAGCUCCGGUGUUUGUAGCUUUUGUUUCAUUUGCGUCAAUACAAUUACUUCAAGCUUCACCUCUUUUUCGGGAACAGAUGGUCUAUUUACACGGAAUUAACAAUGUGCAUAUAUCUCUGGCACAGCUUUAG